AUGGGACAACCUUACUCCUUGAAACUCGUGUAUCCGCUUUUGAAAAUAUUAGGCGCGUGGCCAAAAUCCUCGCCAUCCUCCGUUUUAUCAACAAUUCUGAAAUGCUGUUUAAUAUUUAUCUGUUAUCUCAUUCAAUUGAUGGUCUUGAUCCCAGGGAUUUUGUACAUUUUUUUGAAAGAAGCAAAUUUAGGCGGAAAAAUUAAAAUGUUUGUCCCGCAUAUGAACGGUAUCACACAAGUGUCCAAGUAUACGAUUCUGUUACGACAAAUAAAGGAAUUUAACAUAAUAUUGAAUGAGGUGAAGAGAGAUUACUCGUUGGCCACCGACAAAAAUAUGUGGAUUUUCACCACAAGGGCAUACAUUGGCCACAAAAUGAUGAUAGCAAUAGCGAUCGCUAUGUACAGUUCUGGUGUCGGUUAUCGGAUGAUUCUUCCAUUCUUGAAAGGAAGGAUUCUUCUUCCGGAUAACACGACUGUAAGAUUGCUACCGUGUCCCGGUUAUUACAUGUUUUUCAACGAACAAGUAACACCGAAUUACGAGAUUAUUUUUACCAUCCAAGUUCUCGGUGGAUUUCUCAAUUACACUACUCUGUGCGGUACUACGGGAAUUACUACGAUGCUUUGCCUACACAUGUGCAGUUUGUUGAAGAUACUAAUAAACAAGAUGAACGAUCUUACCUGUCAGUCAGAUGAAUGCGAAAGGGUUGUGCGUAAGAAGCUCGCGGAUAUUGUUGAGUAUCAGAUGAAGAUUAUAGACUUUUUAAAUCACGUCGAACAACUCACGUCUUAUCUUUAUUUUUGCGAAAUUCUCGAAUACGUGUGUGGAGCUUGCGUGAUCGGAUACUGCCUUAUCACGGAAUGGGAGAACAGUAACGGUGCAGCUUUAAUAGUUUAUUUUAUUUUGGAGUUCCUUUGUAUAUUUUGCACGUUAACGAUUUGUUAUAUUGGUCAACUUCUCAUAGACGAAAGUGAUAAAGUGAGACAAAUAUCUGUAACAUUGGAUUGGUAUCGGUUACCUGUGAAUGAAGCGCGUGGCUUGAUACUGGUUAUUAUUAUGUCGAAUUAUCCAAUAAAAGUCACAGCUGGUAAAAUUGUAGACAUAUCGUUGAUCACUUUUACCGAUGUAUGUAUUUAUAAGAAAAAAUUAAAUUUCCUUUAUUCUUUUCAUACAUUAUUCUAAUUAUAUUUUUCAGAUCGUAAAGACAUCUGUAGGAUAUUUGAACAUAUUACGAACAGUUGCUUAAGCUCAUUUUUUUAAACAAAUACGUGCGAUACAACAGAAAGCAGUCGACUGAGAUUAAAAGAUAAUUUUCAUAUUAUUGUCAUUUUUAUUUUCUUCUAUUUUUUUUACAGAACUUUAUGUGUAACUUGUUCCCCUCGUAUAGAACCCUUUCACAUUUACUUAUCAUUCCGGUAAUUAUGGUUCCCGUGUAAACUUUGCAACCAAUAAAAACAUUUUUCUGGAAAAUCGUAACUCC